AUGCAAAAAAACAACAUUAUGCUACUUCAUGUCUCUUGUUCAAUCAUGGAUAUUUUCAUCACGAGCGGCUUCGGGUUUUCUAUAUGGAUUCCGUCCCCGGCUGGGUUCCCGGUUGAGUUGAUGUCAUACAUCGGUGUGAAUUCGGUGAUUCAGGCGUAUAUCACACUUUCAUCUGGAUUAGCCGCGAUUUUCUCAUACGUUGCACUCUUUGAAUCACGUUACAACAACCUGGUGAGACACGACAAAUCUGAAUUUACUCGAUUUUUGAGAGCGCUAUUUUAUUUGACAAAUAUUGUCUUUUUACAAGGUUGUAUGAUUUUUAUUUUUUGGCAUAUGCCAACUCAGAAAGAGGGGAGGAUGAAUGUGAAAAAGGAUCAUCCCUGCAUUCCACUGUCAUACGUAGAAAAUCCCAACUUCUUGCACCUGAAUUCCCCAACAUCCGAUACAGUUCUGGUCACAGUUUUUUUGAUGGUAUCUAUGAUAAAUGUUUUAUUUAUCCAGUUGAUAUAUUACUUGUCUUACACUGCAUACUAUCUGUUCAGUGGUACAAGAACCGUGUCAGUCAGCACUCGAAAGUUCCAGACAAAGUUUUUCACCGCAUCGCUUCUUCAAAUGGCGAUACCGUCGGUUUCCUUCGCGCUCCCAAUAAUGGCUUAUAUGACAUUGUGGGCAAAUGCAUAUUAUGACCAGAGUAAGUUUAUACAUAACGCUAUUUCACAGGUUAUUUGUCCAUCAGGAAUCUCGUAG